UUAUUACCCAUGGUUGUCUGAUCGACUAAGCCAGCGGCAUGGCCAUGGCUGCAGCUGAUGAACUGGCUAUAAAUAUCAUCAGCUGCUGGCUUAAUUCAGUGCACCACCAGCAAAGGGGUUUGUAGUAUCUGCUUAAUUAGCCCGGCCUUCUAGUGGUAGACUAGUAGUAGCAAGUAGCAACACGACGCGCGCGGCCGGCCGGCGAGAAUGAUGAGCGGCAGCCGUGUAUUAUUCGUCGUGGCCGCCGCCGUGGGCGUGCUGCUCGCCGCCGCUGCCGUCUCCUCGAGGCCCGUCGUCGUGCCUCUGGCUACUGGCCGCCCUGGUGCCGGCGGUAACGACGAGCUGUCGGUGUACUUCCACGUGGAGUCGUGCCCGCAGCUGGAGACGAUCGUGCGGUCCGCCGUGGACGCGGCGCUCCAGCAGAACGUGCGGCUGACGGCGGGGCUCCUCCGUGUGUUCUUCCACGACUGCUUCCCGCAGGGUUGCGACGCGUCGAUCCUGCUGGACAACGGCGAGCGCGGCCUCCCGCCCAACGUCGGUCUGCAGCAGGAGGCCGUGCAGCUGGUGGAGGACAUCCGCGCCAAGGUGCACGCGGCGUGCGGGCCCACGGUGUCGUGCGCCGACAUCACCGUGCUGGCCACCCGCGACGCCGUGAGCCUGUCCGGCGGGCCCUCCUUCACGGUGCCGCUGGGGCGGCUCGACAGCGUGGCGCCGGCGUCCAGCAACGACGUGUUCACGCUGCCGCCGCCGACGUCGACCGUGGACGCGCUGCUGUCGGCGUUCGCCAGCAAGAACCUGUCGGACCCGGCGGACCUGGUGGCGCUGUCGGGCGCGCACACGGUGGGGAAGGCGCGGUGCAGCUCGUUCGGCGACGUGGCGGGGCCGGCCACCGACGACAUCACCCGGUGCGUGACGGCCACGUGCUCCGCGGCCGGCGCCGGCGACACGCUGCGGGAUCUGGACUUCCUGACGCCGGCGGUGUUCGACAACCUCUACUUCAUCGAGCUGACGCUGAAGAAGAACAAGGGGGUGAUGCUGCCGUCGGACCAGGGCCUGGCCACGGACCCGCGCACCAGCUGGCUCGUCCAGGGCUUCGCCGACAACCACUGGUGGUUCUUCGACCAGUUCGGGACCUCCAUGGUCAAGAUGAGCCAGCUCAAGGGACCGCAGGGGAACGUCGGCGAGAUCCGCCGGAACUGCUUACGCCCAAACACCAACAGCGAUGUCGAUAUCGCCGCCGCCACUGCUUGAGUGCUCCGACCGACCUCGGAUCCAUCCACCGCCAGUGUCAGUGUCACUAGUCCUAACAACAAUAAAUAAAAAAACAACGCCCGUGCCGUGAGCGCGGGCACGUGGCUGUCCACUUGUAGCAGUCACCACCAUGUCGGCGUCCGUCCACGUCGCACUGCCGAUUUUUGUUCAGGCUCAGAUCUGAUCUGAUUAGAUCCUGCGCGCCGCGCUGUUAUUUAUUAUAAGCAAUAUAUAGUGUUUCAUUACAUGGCAUCUGUUUGAUGAGUUUCAUAUUCUUAAAAAACUAUUUU